AUGGCGGAAAAUGCAUCACUUGCCUAUUAUAACAGAGUUUGUUUUUUAAAUAUUCAUAAAGAACAUGGACCUUGGAUUGGUUUAAGAGCUGUAAUUACUCUUGAUAUGAAAGGUCCUCCUAAUUCUUCUCAAUUAUUUCCUGAAUUAAAAAAUCCUUAUCCUGAAGGUGAUAAAUUGUUGGAAAGUAAGAUGCAAGAAAUUUUUGGUUCAAUGAAUCAUCAUUAUCAUCAACAACCGGAUAAUCCUGAUGGAAACAACUUUUUGGAUAUGAAAUUGGAAAUAAAAAAUGAAUGGUAUAAAUUUGUUGAAUUGAGAGAUAUUGCUUCUGGAUUCAUGAAUAAAAAAUCGCUAGAUAAUUGGCGAUAUUCGGAAGAUCAAAUGGAAUAUCAUUAUACAAAUAGUAUUGAAUUUUUAAACAAAUUAAUUAAUUUAACGCGUAAAGAAAAUUAA